UAAUGAUUGGCGAUUAUUAAUUAGUAAUAAUUACUGUUUAUACUCAAUACUUUACACAGUUACAAGUGUUACAACCUUGCGAGUUGCAGGGCUAUAUUAAUUAAAUAUUUCAAUAUUCUAUCAAUCAUUUAUUUGUGUUGUUGUAUCUUCUACCAAACAUUUUCAUUUUUGACUAUUACACCUGUUUUAUAUUUGUGAAUUUGUAACGUGUACUUAGUCCCAGAGACUUGAAUUGUGUACUGUACCUAUUAGUGUGGUAAAAUGGGCACUAAAGUAUGUGAUAUUGGAGAUGAUGUUAAGGAAACAUUGAGAAAGUUUCGGUUCCGUAAAACAACAAAAAAUGCUGCUCUUAUAAUGAAAGUGGACAGAGAAAAACAGCAAGUAUGUGUAGAUGAAAUGUUGGACGAUGUCACUCUUGAAGAACUAAGAGAAAUUUUACCAGGUCAUCAGCCACGUUAUAUAAUUUAUUGCUGUAAGAUGGAACAUGGAGAUGGCCGAGUGUCAUUUCCGAUGUGUUUCAUUUAUUUCACUCCAAGGGAUAGUCAUAUGGAAUUGCAAAUAAUGUAUGCAGGUACUAAAAUGGCUUUACAGCGUGAAGCCAACUUGACUAGGGUGUAUGAAGUGAGAGAAUUGGAUGAAAUGACAGAUGAGUGGUUACAAGACUGUGUUAUGGGAAAGUAAUAUUUUAUAAAAAUUUAAAAUAAUAUUAAAUGACAUAAAAUAGGUUUUAAAAUUGAUAUAUAGUUUUUUUUUUAAAGACCAUUAAAUAAUUUAAUAAAAUUUUAUAUUGGCCCAAAUUUA